AUGGCAAGCUACGAAAGACGACGACGUCGAGUACAUAUCGAGCUUCUUCCCGAAAGCGCUAUGGAGGAUGCGCGAAGAAGCCCCGCCUUAAUGGGGAAGCAUGCUAAUGACAUCGGAGAUGGAGCAAUCUACUUGGCAGCUAUACUGGACUACCUAGCUGCUUUAGUCCUCGAUCGGGCCAGCAAUGUAGCAUACGAAUUCAAGACCCGCGUUGACCUUCGCCAACUUCAGCUGAUCGUAUGCAACGAUGAAGAGUUGAACAGGCUGAUGUCACAAGUGCUCAAAGUGCUGGUUCGCCGUAUACCCAGAUCUUCCCAAGAAGACGACUUUUGA